AUGGACGCAAACGAAACCACCGGCAUCCCCGAGGAUGACAAGAUACGUAUACUCAACGACAGUACUCCCGACGAUUCGCCGACGACCCCCGCCUCCCCCGGCAGGGAAACCAUCACACCACCGGGCACCGUCGAUCCAGUGUAUGAGGCAAAGGCCCAGGUGCUCAACGACGCCAUGCUUGAGAUUGGUUUCGGCCGUUACCAUAAGGCGUUGUUCCUGGUUGCAGGGUUUGGGUGGAUGGCUGAUAACCUGUGGCCGCAAGUAACGGCAAUCAUCCUACCGGCGGUGGUGAACGAGUUGAGGCCGGAGAAGGUGGUGUAUUUGUCGCUUGCGCAGACGUUGGGGCUGGCGGUGGGGGCCGCCGGGUGGGGUGUGGGGUCGGAUAUUAUUGGCAGAAGAUGGGCGUUCAAUAUGACUUUGUUGAUUACGGGGGGUUUUGGGCUUGUGGCGGGCGCGGCGCCGAAUUUUGGGGCGUUGGCGGCGUUUGAUGCACUCUGGUCUUUGGGUGUGGGAGGGAAUUUGCCGGUUGAUUCGGCGGUCUUUUUGGAGUUUAUUCCUGGGACCCAUCAGUACCUUCUCACGGUCAUGAGUGUCUGGUGGGCAUUUGGGCAGUUACUUGCAAGUGCUGUUGCCUGGCCUCUGAUGGCGAAUUUUGCGUGCGAGUCGGCGGAGGGAUGUACAAGGUCUGCAAAUAUGGGGUGGCGAUAUUUUGUUUUCACAAUGGGCGGCUUCACACUUGUCAUGUUUCUUAUACGAUUCUUCGUUUUUGAGCUCCACGAGUCACCCAAGUUCCUCAUGAGCAGGGGAAAGGACGCAGAGGCAGUCAAGUCCAUCCAUGCGGUUGCCAAAUACAACAAGGUGGUGAGUACAUUGACAGUCGAGCACCUAGCAAGGAUAGAUGCAAAGGCAGAGAACUCGGCCAACAGGAGAGGGCCGAGAUAUGCAAUUAUUGGCGCAGCAGUGGAGCGUAAUCUGCAGCGCUUCAACCUCGAACAUAUACGCUCCCUAUUCACAACGCCUAGAUUGGCCUUCUCAACCAGCUUGGUAAUUGUACUUUGGGGCAUUAUCGGACUAGCAUAUCCGCUAUAUAACUCCUUUCUCCCAUACUUUCUUGCGUCGCGCGGCGCCCAGAUCGAUGACGGAUCACCAUCCACCACAUUCCGCAACUACCUCAUCAUCGCCGUCUGCGGCAUCCCGGGCUCCAUCAUCGCCGGCCUCGCCGUCGAGCUUCCCCUCCUCGGCCGCAAAGGAGCCAUGAGCAUCUCCACCAUCCUUUCAGGCAUCUUCCUCUUCGCCACUACCACCGCUCGCACCUCCAACGCCCUCCUCGGCUGGAACUGCGGCUACGCGCUCUCCAGCGCCGCCAUGUACGGGAUCCUGUACUCGUACACGCCAGAGAUAUUUCCUACCAGGAGCAGGGGCACGGGGAAUGGGCUUGCGGCAACGGCGAAUAGGGUGUGUGGGAUAUUUGCGCCAGUGGUGGCCAUGUAUGCGGAUUUGGAGACGCCAGUGCCGGUGUAUGUUAGUGGGGUGCUCUUUUUGGUCGCAGGGGUGCUGAUGUUGGCGUUGCCGUAUGAGACGUUGGGGAGGGUGAGUAUUUGA